GUCACGUGCCACGAUCCAUGCCGUGGCGCAGUGGUCGUGCGAGCUGCCACGUAAUGUUGUGCGUGCUGUACGUUCGUUCCAUGAAUCUCUGCUAUUAACCCUUAUCUCGCGGUGCUGCGUAGAGGUGAGCUGCAACGAGGGCAAUGUGCGAAUCUGCGUCGAUCUGUUCUUAACUUACGGCGAUUCACGUCAUUGCGAAGUGAUUGUUAAAGAAUCAGAAUGUCACAGUCAAGUGGUUACCAGUAUCCACUAUACGCAGAAUCCAACAAUCCCUUGAAGAAUGAUCUAUCACCUAUAGUGAACGGUCAACAAAAUCCUGCAUCUCAGCAGAAUGGAAUGCAGUCUCCUCAAUUUAAUCUAACUGGCACACCAUCAUCGCAAUCGUCGCGUGAUCCAUCUAGGGAAACUUCUAGAGAUCCAUCGCCAACUCAAUAUCUUCACAAUCAAUAUCGGCCUCAGCUGCCACGGCCGCCAAUGCCACCAAUAAACGGACCUCCGAGUUCAAAUGUGUUGUCUCCAUUACCUAGAACAUCCUCUCAGCCUUAUAGCCCUGUAAAUCCUUAUAAUGCCCAAAGCCAAUAUGCUGCUAGUACUCGUCAGAACAUCGCAGUCAGUGCACCUUCAGCUGCCUUUGCAUCUCAAUCCAGUCAAGAAAUUCAUCGACCUAUGAUUCCCACAAAUCAGAUGCCUCCGCUGGCGAAAAAUCUGACUCCAGUGUCACCGUCAACAUUCGCGGAUACCGUUAAACCAGAUCCAGUUAAAGUAAACCAAAGUUAUCAAUGGGCAGCUAAUCCGCCACCUACCAACAUUCCGCAGAGUACUAUAGGCGUUCCUGGAGUAUCCGGUGGCAUCAAUAAGACUAGUCAAGUCUCAACAGAUCAAACUGCGGAGAGUCAGAUGUCCUUUACUAGAGUAAACAAAACCUCGGUGCACGAUCAAGGAUCUCCUAUUACUCUACCCGCAUUCAAUAUCAAUCUACCUCCUUCGACCGUCACUCAACAUUUGAAUCAAAACAAUUACGUACAGCAAGAACCAGUGGUUUCUAGCGUACAGCCUCCAAGGACUCAGAACAUCCAAACACAAUCGACAGUUGGUCCUUCCGAAAACUUAAGUAAUCCACAAUUCAAAUACGGAAGUCAGCAGAAUAUGUUUAGUGCAUCGUCAAUGUCAAAUUCUAGCACGCAGAAUUUAUUAUAUGGUGCACAAGCUCCUAGCGUAGGUCCACGAAGUCCUCAGGAUUAUAGUCCUCAGCCUUUGAAGCCCCAACAAAAUUUACUUACUGGCUACAUGGAUCCCACGAGUUUGGGAAAUAUUUCUCAAAGUCAAAACAUACAUCAAAAUCUAGCUGGCCAGAGGAAAUACCCGCAACAAGACACUGCCAAUACCGCGAUGAUGCCGCCGCCGCCUUUGGGAGCUAACCAGUUACAUGGCGCAAGAUUACCGCCAUCGGGAAUGCCACCCCUUCCGGGACAAACGUACGAUCCUCGUUCACAAUAUCCCGGCCCAAUGAUGAAUGUCCCAUUAGACUCUUCAAAUAAAAGAUAUCCUAAUAUGUACCCCGACCAAUUAAAUCAAUUAAAUAAUCAAAUGAGUAAUCUGAACGUUGCGCAAGGUGGCUUCAACAAAUUAUGGGGGAUGGAAUCGAUAGAUCUUUUACAGUGCCGAAAUAUAUUACCGCCUGAAAAAAUCGAGCCACCAAAGAUUAAAUUACAUCUGGAAUUAUUGGACAACGUAAAUUGUAAUCCUGACAUAUUCAGAUGUACGUUGACAAAAGUCCCAGAAUCGAAUUCGCUUCUACAGAAAUCAAGAUUGCCAUUUGGCGUACUGAUACAUCCUUUUAAGGAUUUAAACCAGCAUUUGGCAGUGAUUCAAUGCAAUACGAUCGUGCGCUGUCGAGCUUGUCGAACGUAUAUCAAUCCAUUCGUAUAUUUCGUCGACAUGAGAAGAUGGAAAUGCAAUCUUUGUUUCAGACUAAAUGAACUUCCUGAAGAAUUUCAAUUCGAUCCUGUGACGAAAUCAUAUGGCGACCCAUCGCGACGACCAGAAGUUAGAACUGGCACGAUAGAAUUUAUUGCGCCUAGCGAAUAUAUGGUCCGUCCACCUCAGCCCGCUGUCUAUCUUUUUGUUAUGGAUGUUUCACGUCUUGCAGUGGAAAGCGGCUAUUUACAAAUUGUUUGCAACAUUAUCACCGAUGAACUGUCGCGUCUGCCUGGCGAUAGCCGCACCCAAGUCGGUUUUCUCGCUGUCGAUUCCGCUCUGCACUUCUUCAGCAUGCCCGAUAAUGUCUCGCAACCGCACGAGAUGAUCAUGCUGGAUAUCGACGACGUAUUUCUACCAUGUCCGGAAAAUCUAAUUGUAAAUCUGAAAGAACGCGAAGAGCUUGUCCGCGAUCUUCUCGCGCAAAUUCCUACCAAAUUUUGCGGUAGUCAUGAUACCAACAAUGCUCUCGGUGCCGGUCUUCAAGCCGCUCUCAAACUUCUUUCCGCUACUGGAGGACGUGUCACCGUUUUUCAGACAUGUUUGCCUAAUAUCGGCCCAGGAGCCUUGCAACCAAGGGAGGAUCCCAAUACCAGAGUAAACAAAGACGUGCCGCAUCUUAAUCCUGCAACAGAUUUUUACAAAAGAUUUGCCUUGGAUUGCAGCGGACAACAGAUUGCUAUUGACUUGUUCUUAUUGAACAGUCAAUACAGUGAUCUGGCAACUUUAUCUUGCGUGUCGAAGUUUACGGGUGGCUGCAUUUAUCAUCUGCCAUUGUUUCGAGCGUCAAAAUUACAAAAUGUUGAAACUUUAGAAAGAUUACUCCGUCGUUACUUGACGAGAAAGAUUGGCUUCGAAGCAGUGAUGCGACUUCGUUGUACUCGUGGUCUCAGUAUUCACGCCUUCCACGGUAGCUUCUUCGUUCGAUCAACUGAUCUUCUAUGCUUGCCAAAUAUUAAUCCGGACGCUGGUUUCGGCAUGCAAAUCUCUAUUGACGAAAAUCUUUCUGAUGUGCAGAGUGUGUGCUUCCAAGCAUCUCUCCUUUACACCUCAAGCAAAGGUGAACGGAGAAUCAGAGUACACACUCUGUGCCUACCUGUUGUGGCAAGUCUAUCAGAUGUAUUGCACUCUGCGGAUCAGCAAUGUAUAGUAGGAUUGUUAUCAAAAAUGGCUGUUGAUCGAUCGCUUCAGUCAUCUUUAUCAGAUGCUAGAGAUGCAUUAAUAAACGUCGCUAUCGAUAUUUUAUCCGCGUACAAAUUAGCACAAUCUUCCUCUGGCGGGGGACUUGUUGCUCCAGCAAGUUUAAAACUGUUACCAUUGUACAUCAUCGCAUUAUUGAAAAGUGUAGCGUUCAGAUCUGGCACAAGCACGCGUUUGGAUGACCGUGUGUUCGCUAUGUUUCAAUUGAAAACAUUACCCUUGGCACAGUUGAUACAGAUGAUUUAUCCCGACUUGUAUCCUGUUCACAUACUUGACGACCGAAAUGCAAAAGAUAUUGACGGCAAAGUCUGUCCACAACCGCCACGACUUAAUCUCUCCGCGGAAAAACUCGACAGCCGAGGCGUCUUCCUUAUGGACGCUGGUGAUAAAAUUUUCAUUUUCAUCGGCAAGAACGUCAAUCCGAUUUUCUGUACUAAUGUGUUGGGAGUUUCGGCGUUUACAUCUAUUCCAGAAGAAAUGUACGAACUACCGGAAUUGGAUACAGUAGAAAGCGAACGUUUGCGAAACUUUGUGUUUAGCUUGCAAGAGGAGAAACCAUACUACGUAUCUGUACAAGUUAUUAGGGACGAUAGCCAUUUUAGGACGUUAUUCGUCGAGCGAUUGAUAGAGGAUCGAUUCGAAUCUGCUCUUAGUUACUACGAGUUUUUACAGCAUCUCAAAACACAGGUGAAGGAGUGACCGAAUUAAGGAAUUCGUGCGUGAGACCAAUUCCUGCCAGUGUUGAAUUAUCAGAGUAUAAAACCAUUACAAGACAAAUGCGCAACUCUGAAAUUGCGUGAUCAGUUAUAAUUCAUUAAUUGAGCAUGGGUCAUUCGGGAUAUUUUGGGACAUGUCACAUGAUUCAAAUCUACUUAUGCCAUCUACUUAUGCAGCAGUGACAGCCUUAUCGAGAGACACUGACGCAUUUAGAUAUGAUAGAUUGUAAUUAUUAUUAUUAUUAUUAUUAUUAUUGAUUAUUUACUAUCAAUAACCUCAAAAUAUGGACUUGCGUUUUCGUUGCGCGUAUCCGCUUGGGUUAGGUAAUUUCUCCUCGUUUAAUGAAUGAUACCCAAUUUUUUACGGUUUUGUGUGUUAUAUCAACAAUAAUUUUAAUCCGUGAGAUUUAUUUGUUCAGUAAGAAAAACUUUUUCACAAUAGCAGUAAUUUGUUGAAUAGUAUCAGCAUGAUGAAUACAGUUGAUUUCCUCUUUAUUCUGAGAUCUUCUAUUCUAAGAUUCUCCUCCACUGUCCCCACUCUUAUUCCAUUAAUAUAUAUAUAUAUAUAUAUGUGUAUGUAUGUAUAUGUGGAAUAGAAAUCGUUGCUCGUUCUGUCUUUUAUUCGCCUAUUAACUAAUCUACUCAAGAUUAUAGUAUACAAUAUGAGUCAUAGGAAAGCAUCACGAGGAGAGAAUCUUAAUUUAGAGGAAAACAGCAGACUCGGAAUGUAGAAAAUCGACUAUUUUUCAUGACGGUUGUAUAGAAUAUUUUUUUUUUAACUAUGUUUCCCCGUUCUAUAUUCUUUCAAUUUAUGUACCAUUACAGUAUCGUUAUUAUCGCAAUACGCAAGUGUUCUUAUCUCAAAUACCAUCUUUAAAAGAAAAAAAUCGUGAAAGAUAUUAGUUAUAUGAAUAAUUAUAUGCAAUAGAAACGGAAUUAAAUAAGUGCGAUUUUGCAUUUUGAGUAUCAGUAAUAAUAAAAUGAGGGCGUUCGUAGACUGCGUAUCGCCAAACGAAAGUGUUCCGCGGUGAUAACUGCGCGACGUACUCACUUGUAAUUUAAUCAUCUGCAGACAACAAAGCAAACAAGAGAGCAGAGACGAAACUCAUGAAAAAUUAUAUUAUCAGUCGCUAUGUCAUUCCUUAAACGAUGACAUCUUGUUAAUUUGUAUUGUAAAAUUAGGCUUUCCAGCGAGUGAAGUCGUAAUAACAAUUUCGACGAACGUUGCAAUUGAAAUAUUGUUGCAAUUGAAUUAAUGAAAUAAUUGUAAAGAGAGAAUAGAAAGGGAUAGGGGAUGGAUUGUGAACGAUUUCGCGCCAAUGUAAAAUAUCAAUCGAUUAUCGAAGUGUAUAGAUUCGAUUAUAAAGGACUCUAUAACAAAAUAAAUAAUGGCGAAAAAUAGCACUAGCUAAAGUGUUAUGAGAAAUAAAACAAAUGGAUAUUGUAAAAUAAUCGUACUGCUCGUACUUUGUCAUGCUGCCAAACGGGAUUCUCCGGCGUUAAUUCUUUUCUCAUCAAUUUACGAUCCGCCGAAGGCAUGAACAGCGUGUAUGAUGAUUUAGUCUAUUAUUUAAUAAUUAUAUAUAGAUAUAUAAUUAUACGGGAAGUAAUUGUAUACAUCUCCGUUGUUAGAUCCUUUAAUGAUUCCCUACCCGUGUGUGUACCGUUCGAUUUUUAUAAACUGUAUGUUACAAAAA